AUGGCAUCCGACGAGCCGCUGAAUCCCAUGGCCGAAUCCGGAGUGACGAUCCGGUCCGAUAGUGAGCAGUACUCGCGCCACGAAGAGCAGUCGGUCUCGCCGCCCUCGUCCUCGUCCCCCGCCGUUAUUCUCUACCAGCCACCCACGAUAUGGUCCAUCAUCCGCGGCGCCGCCAUCAAUCUCCUCCUUCCAUUCAUCAACGGCAUGAUGCUGGGGUUCGGCGAGCUUUUUGCGCACGAGGCCGCGUUCAGGUUAGGGUGGAGCAACACGAGGCCAGCCAAGUGCCAGCCGGGACGAGACCCACUCAAAACCUUCCAACGUGCCCGACAAGAUGCUUUCCAGCAGGGGCCUUCUCCGUUCGAACUCGGCGCUGGGCCUUGCGAGGGCCCGUUGCGCAAUAACGGAACGACCCUGCAUGCGCCAACAACGGCGAGGAGGAUAGGCGGUCCGCUGCCUCUCGCUGCUGCUUCUCAACACCUUAUCUAUACCCACCGACAAGCCCGCAAUGCCUCCACCCAGUCGACAACAGCUGCCCCGACGACCACACCCGAUGCUUCGAGCCUUUCCGACCUCACUGGAACGCCGGUCAACCUCACGGGGAGCGACCUACUCGACAUUCCCGAGCAGAUCGGCUUCCUCAAGACGCUCGGGCUGGAGUACGGCUGGGGCCCAACCUCGAUAAUGCAGACAAUCCUGGAGUCGGUCUACGUCUACACCGGUCUCCCCUGGUGGGCCUCCAUCGCCGUGGUCGCCGUUGGCAUCAGGCUGGCCCUGCUCAAGCCGGCCCUCGACGCGUCGGAGAACUCGAUCAAGUACCAGGAGCUGCUCAAGGACCCGCGGUACCAGGCCGCCACCGAGGAGAUGAAGCGGGUGCUGGUCACCGGCAACCAUCUCGCCGGCGCCGAGGCCAGGGCCAAGAUCGCCUUGAUGAACAAGGCGGCGGGCUACUCGCUGUGGAAGAACUUCGUUCCGAUGAUCCAGCUUCCGAUCGGUAUUGGCAUGUUCCGCCUCAUCAAGGGCAUGUCCGCGCUCCCGGUUCCCUCGUUCGAGACCGGGGGCAUUCUCUGGUUCACCGACCUUACAGCUUCCGAUCCGCUGUUUAUUCUGCCCAUCGCCACGGGCAUCAUCGUUGCCAUGGGCAUGAGGAUACCCCUGCCCUAUAUGGCCGCCCAGCAGCAGAAGAUGAUGAAGAUCAUGAGCCUCGUCGUCAUGCCCAUCUCUACCGUGGUGGCCCUGUUCCUGCCGUCCGGCCUCACCUGGUACUUCUUCCUCUCGUCUCUCCUGCACACGAUUCAAGCAUACUUUAUGCACCAACCGUGGUUCCGGCGGCUAGUCGGCCUGCGGCCGCUGACCGCGCCGGGCCCUCCGUCGCGCCCCACUGCGGCCUGGCAAGCGCCGCGCGUCCUCGACGCGAGGGCCCCGAGGAUCGCCGCAGCGCAGCACGCUACCCCGCCGCCUGCUCCCGAGACCAUGUUUGCGAGCCUCAAGUCUACGCUCGCAGACGCCAAGGAGAAGCUCAACGAGCGCGCAAACAAGGACUCGGCCGAGCGUUCCCUCAGGGCGGCGCGGGAGUACGAGGAGAGGCGGGCCCUCGAGGAGAAGGAGAAGAUCGUCGCGCGCAUCCUGCAGAAGCGCAGCGGCAAGGGAGAGCGGCACUGA